AGCUGAAAUUUGGUUUGUCAUGUCGUACUUCGAGGCAAAAUAAAGAAAACAGAGAAAUACACAGUUAAACUUGCGAGAAACAGUGAUUUUUAGCCCGUUUCUUGAAAAUGGUGUACAUUUCAAGAAACGGCGCAGUGCAGGAAGCUCAACCAUGGGGAGUGGAUCGCAUAAAAGGCCUCAUAAUGGGGUUCUUUAACUUCCUGGUGAUGUUCUUCCGCACGAUGCUGGAUUUCCAGGGUGGCGGAUCUGGUGGCCAAGAUACAAGACGCGGUCCUGGUGGCGGUAGUGGUGGAGGUGGUGGUCCUCCCGGUGGUGGACCUCGUCGGCGACCGAUCGGCCGACCGAUGACACUGUCCGACUGUACCGUUCCGGGUGGUGGAUGAGCACGGUAAAGUGCCAAAACGCUGAUGAUUAUCGGUUAGCGUUUGGCACCGUGCCUCUUCUACAUAAUUGCGUGAACCUGUGCAACCCGUAGGGAUACUCCUACGUAUGACGGACGCAUCCUAAACCUUCGCUACCAAACAGGCGGAUGCGCCCCGAAGAAUGGGUCGUGCAGGUUUCCGAAGCUUCUACCGCGUGUGGUGGUGGGGUGCACUAUUUGUUUUUCUUGUUAAACUGGCCGAACAUCGCCAUGGACAUCUGUAUAUCUACUAUCAACUUUCAAAACUACAACACUAAACCGUUUUAUUGAACAUUCUAACGCAUUCUAUGCUAAUGAACCAUGUGAAAAAUUAUACGUUGAGAUUACGAAUUGGUUACCUUCUCUGUGGCAAAAAAUUGAAGCGUUAUUAAAUUAAUCUUUGUGUAACAUAA